AUUAGUUAUAUGUUUACAACUUGAUACAUCUUGAGUUGUAUCAUUUGUGUUUGUGUAGAUAACAUUCUUUAAUCUUUUGAAUAAAAAAAGAAACGGAAUGCCGCUUGCGUAGAUCAAAUAUUAUAAGUAUAACUUCAUAGUAUAUAAUAGAGGUCUACUUCAAUGUUCUCUACAUUGAAGUUAAGAAUAAUUUUUAUAGAAAUAUGAACAAGUUUGUGAUUAAAAAAAUGUAAUUUGGGUGUCGAAACUUUAAAAAAAAAAAUUAAACAAUGCGGAUUCAACUACUAUUUAAUUGAGAUUAAUUACUUACAUCCUUGAUCCUUAUACAAUGAAAAGCUCUACUAGGAUCUAGAUAUCGAAUAAUUCUUAUCUUAACCCAAGCUGACAAUGAGAACAAUGGUUGGUAACGGAUCCUUGAAAAGUGAUGUGUCAAAUGCAAUGGAUGAUUCUGAGAAUUCAAUUCCAGCCGCAAGCAAUUUUUGUCGGGACUUCAUUAAAGGCCGAUGUAACCGUGAAAACUGUAGAUUUUUUCACGAAAUUCCACCAAAAACUCAUCUUAAGGAAUUGUUUAAAUUUUGCCACGAUUUCCAGAAUAAAGGAUGCUUUCGAACUAAUUGCAAAUUUUUACAUUGUACUGCAGCAAUAGAAGAGCAAUUUUACACUACUGGCUUAUUUCCUCGUGACCAAAACAAUUUACCAAUUUGCCAAGCCUUUAAUAAUGGAAGUUGUUCAAAUACUGAAUGCAAGUUUUUACAUAUACCUCAAGAGAAAUCUAAUGACAUAGGCCUAAUUUGUAAUAGAUCAGUACCACCACCAAUGUUUGAUAGACCUCCACCAUAUUUAAGAGAUGAUACUUUACCACCAGAGGCUAAAUUAAGAAGAUAUGCAUUUCAGGAUACAGGGCUUGAUAAUAAAGUACUACAUACAUCAAGCAUUUGUUCAAACUGUGAGCAAUUAAACCAUAGGGUUAAGUUAUUGCAUGACAAUAUAAGUGUUUUGCUUAAGAGAGUAGCUGAUUUAACAGAGAAAAAUAUUCAGCUGACAUCUAUGAAUGAGUUUUUAUUAGAACAAACAAACUCUGUUAGGAGUGACCAACCUUGUGUUAUAACUUCAAGACAUGGAGCUUCCGCUCCAGUUUCAUUAGCAACUGUGAGUGUAACACCUGUAGUAAGCUUAGCUGGUGCUCUACCAACAUUGGUUCCAGCAGCUGCAACACCAAAUCUCACUUUAGCACCAGCUGCUUCCCAAGCCCAAUUGCUUACACCUGCUCCACAAAUUCUUACAGUUAGUACAACUCAACAGUUAAUGGGAAAUUCAGGGGCUCUUAUUGUAACAAGUGCUGGUGCCCAACAAUUAAUGCAAGUAAGUGAUUCAGGAACUCUUAUGGGUGGCGGGCAAACUGUUGUGGCUGUGACUCCUGCUCAACUUACAUUGGCCCCCCCUACUCAGCAGUUAUUGAGUAGUGGACCACAGACUGCAGUGCAGCACAUUGUACAGACCUCAGCUCUACAACCUCAAUUGCCUCAACAUCAAGCCUCUCAAUAUGCACAGCAAUCAGUGCGACAUUUAGCUGCUGCUCAACAGUCAGCUCAACAUGUUGCAGCUCAGCAAUCUGCACAGUUGGCAGCACAACAGUCUGCACAGCUGGCAGCACAGCAGUCUGCACAGCUAGCAGCUCAACAGUCAGUCCAACAUUUAGCCCAGCAGUCAGCUCAGCAUCUCGCUGCUCAGCAGUCAGCUCAACAGUUAGCAGCAGCUGCACAGCAAUCAGCCCAACAGAUUGUGGCACAACAAUCUCAGCAGCCGCAAUUAGUGCAUCAGAAUUCAACACAGCAAAUUACAAUAUCUAGUACAAGUCAACCUAUGGCUUUGCCAAAUUCUCAGGCACAGACAAUUACAUUCCCAAUCAUAUCCCAAAGUAUUUUACCCCAUUGAAGCCCUACGGUCCAGUAAUUAUCAUAUUUGAAAAACUUAAAUUAGGACUACAUGUAACAACUAAUAUAUGUCUAUAGAAUGUGAAUUUAUAGUAUAUUUGUAGGUCAUUAUGUGUAUCUUAUGUGUUGUGGUAGCCUGUAAGAACUUAUACAAUAUCUCGUCAAAAUAGUCUACAGUUGUUAAAUUUAUAAUACUGUGUUCAUACUUUAAAAAGACUUUGCUAUACAUACAUAAGGAACCACAACAUUGAAAGUGUCUAAACCACUGAACACAAUCUAAUUCUAAUUUGGUAUUUCUUCUAUUUAUUUAAAUAAUGACUAUUAAUUACAGAAUAUUGUUCUUAAAACAUAUUUUAAGUGAUCCAGUUAUAGACUCUGUCCCUAUAACAUCUGUAAAUUUUACUUUAGGUAAACCCGCAUUACAUGAUUGUAAUUAAGUAGGUAGAAUUUAAUGUAAUUUAUUAUUAAUUAAAAGUGAUUGUCUUUUAAAA